AGCUCCGGGGGCGGGGGGGGGGGGGGGGGACCGCGCGCGGUCCCAUGUCUCGACCGGUUGACCGGGUGGUCGCCCGAACAUGUGAGUGGCGCUGCUGAUCGUUUCGCCUCGCCGGCGGCGUCUCUUCGCCGCUCGAUUCGCGAUUUAUCCAAUGUCUCCUUCUUCGCUCUCUCCACCGUUUCGUUUAGCGUUACCGUUUCUUUCUUUACGUUUCGACGGCAUUGUGAUGUGUUCGCUCUUCAUGUGGAACGUUGAAUGCGGCCUCUCAGCCUUUAUGAUCCGGCAGAAUUUUGGUGCACGUUGGUGUUGGAAACGAUUGAAUCGGUUCGGGAAGGUGCCGUCGGCACGCGUGAAUUUAUCAUCUGCUCAUCGCUCCGAGGGUCUCUCUGGUCAUGAUGAAAGAAGAGAAAGGAAGUCCGAUUUCGAGACUUCAGAGGAUGACCGCAGGACGAAGAUUGGUAAUCUGAAGAAGAAAGCGAUCAACGCAUCUAGUAAAAUCAGACGCUCUCUGAAAAAGAAAGGCCGGAGGAAAAGUGAUCCUCGCCGUAGUUCUGUUUCAAUCGAGGAUGUUCGCGAUGUUGAGGAGUUAAGGGCUGUAGAUGCAUUUCGGAGGGCACUUAUUUCUGAUGAAUUGCUACCUUCAAGACAUGACGCUUAUCACAUGCUCUUGAGAUUCUUGAAAGCAAGGAAAUUUGAUGUUGAGAAGGCAAAAUGCAUGUGGGCAGACAUGAUCAAAUGGAGGAAAGAGUUUGGCACAGACACCAUUCUCGAGGAGUUUGAUUUCGCCGAGAUGAAUGAAGUCCUAAAGUACUAUCCUCAGGGUUAUCAUGGAGUUGAUAAGGAAGGAAGACCUGUUUAUAUUGAAAGACUGGGAAAAGUUGAUGCUAACAAACUAAUGCAAGUAACUACCAUGGAUAGAUAUAUCAGAUACCAUGUUCAGGAGUUUGAAAAGAGCUUUGCAAUCAAGUUCCCGGCUUGUUCGAUUGCCGCUAAGAGACACAUUGAUUCGAAUACAACAAUAUUGGAUGUGCAAGGAGUGGGCUUCAAGAAUCUGACCAAACCUGCUCGAGAACUUAUCAUGCGGCUGCAGAAGAUUGAUAGUGACAAUUACCCAGAAACACUUUUCAGAAUGUUCAUCAUUAAUGCUGGUCCUGGUUUCAAGCUUCUCUGGAACACAGUGAAGUCUUUUCUUGAUCCCAAAACAACUACCAAGAUACAUGUUCUAAGCAACAAGUACCAAACCAAAUUAUUGGAAAUAAUUGAUGCAAGUGAACUACCAGAAUUUCUCGGUGGUAGCUGUACUUGUGCUGGGGAGGGGGGCUGCCUAAGGUCUGACAAGGGCCCUUGGAAAGAUCCCAGCAUUUCUAAGAUGGUUUUUAAAGGUGAAGCACAGUGUUCUAGACAAAUUGUGACCGUUUCAAGCUGUGACGGAAGAAUUGCUGCUUGUCAUAAACCAACUCGUCCAAUGAUUAAAAUGAGUGAUACAUCUACAGCCGAGUCGGGCUCUGAAGUAGAAGAAAUUGCUUCUCCAAAAGCAACCAGGAGCUAUGUACUUCCAAUAUUGACCCCAGUCUGUGAAGAAGCAAAGACGAUGAAUAGGCCAAGCUACGCUAGCCAUAGUGUGGUGUAUGAUGAGUAUGUGCCAAUGAUCGACAAAGCUGUGGAUAUGGCUUGUGAAAAGCAAGUGCCACUUCAGGAACCACACAUUUCAGGGAUGGAUCCUCUGGUAGCGGAAAAUAGAACUGUGGAGGGGUGUAAUGCCCGUGUUUAUGCCGUGAUUGUGGCCUUCUUGUUAGCCUUGUUAGCUCUUUUCCGUUCAGUCCCAUACUGGGUGAUUAAGAAACUUCCCGGCAGCAUGUCGGGUAAUGCUCACAAUAUUCUCAGCUCCACCAUUCAACCCAGUGAGGUGUCACGUUCCCCUUCUACUGCACUAAACUAUGCAAACAUAGAGCUUCUAUCAUCAGUCUGGAAGAGGCUGGGCAGACUUGAGCAAAGGGUAGACAUACUUCAGGCAAAGCCACAUGCAAUGCCUCAUGAGAAAGAGGAGUUGCUGAAUGCUGCCAUUUGCCGUGUAGAUGCUCUAGAAGCAGAACUAAUUACCAUGAAAAAGGCCUUGUAUGAUGCACUAGCGAGGCAAGAAGAACUCCUCGCGUACAUAGAUAGUCAAUCAGCAGCAAAGUCGCAGAAAUAUUCAUGCUGGGGAAGAGAUCGCUCCUAACAUGGAUGGCAUCCUAGUCAAGUGUGAGCGGGUUCAACACUUACCGUUACUGUUGUUCACCGAGAUACGCACUAUCCUCUACUGCAGCGAGGGUUUGUUCACGCUCAUAUCACUAUCAGCACUCCUUUUCUUUUUACUGUCACAUAUAUGUGCAAAUAAGAGCUCCAUUUAUCGCUCUCUAGCAAGUGCUGCUCCGUUAGCAUUGGAAACUGCCCAUACUAUCACUAUGUUGUAGAGCAACCUUUCAUCUGUUUCACCGAAAGCACAACUUCUCCUGCCUGUCCUAUUGCAAUAGAAAGUUACCGUCAUAAACA